CUAUGCCAGAACCUCAUAACCUCAUAAUCUUUUCAUAAUCUUUAAGAAUCGGUACCCAGAAUCGUGUUUCUUGUGUAAUGUAGAAGUAGCUGUUAUUAAUUUGUUCGAAGAAUUUUCAAUUUAUUUAUUUACAUUUAAACUGGAACAAUGCCUAAAGUUCAACGAAAAAAAAGUAAAGUGAAGAUUUUCACGAAGAAGCAACAACCAACCAGGUCUGAAAUUGAAUAUAUUCAGGAAUUACGAGCAAAGUAUAACGAAAAAGUUGACUCGUCAAAAAUUAAAUCAUUUAAAGAUUUUCCAUUAAGUGCUAAAACAUUGAAAGGUCUCAGAGAUGCAGGUUAUAAAGUUCCAACAGAAAUUCAAAAAGAAACUUUAAUGCUAGCUCUCAGAGGAAAUGAUAUAUUAGGUGCCGCUCAAACAGGAUCUGGUAAAACACUAGCUUUUUUAAUACCAUUGCUGGAAAAGUUGUUUUGUGAACAAUGGACUCAUCUUGAUAAAUUAGGAGCUUUAAUAAUAACACCCACAAGAGAAUUGGCACUUCAGAUUUUUGAAACUUUGAAAAAAAUUGGAACUUACCAUGAUUUUUCAUGUGGUUUGAUUAUCGGAGGAAAAGAUUUGAAAUUUGAGAGAAAUAGGAUGGAUCAGUGUAAUAUUAUUAUAUGUACACCUGGUAGGUUGUUACAACAUAUGGAUGAAAACCCUCUCUUUGAUGCUGUGAAUUUACAGAUUUUGAUUCUUGACGAGGCUGAUCGUUGUCUUGACAUGGGUUUCAAAGAAACUAUGAAUGCCAUUAUAGCUAAUCUACCUUUAGAAAGACAAACUUUGCUUUUCUCUGCCACCCAAACAAAAUCUGUCAAGGAUUUGGCCAGGCUUAACCUUAGCGAUGCAUCUUAUGUAUCUGUACAUGAACAUGCAACACAUAGUACACCAGAUAAACUUGAACAAAGUUACACUGUGUGUGAGUUGCAGGAUAAGGUUGCUAUAUUGUGGAGUUUUAUCAAGAAUCAUUUGAAAAAAAAAUGUAUAAUAUUUUUAUCUACUUGUAAACAAGUCAAGUUCAUUUCUGAAAUAUUCUCGAAGAUGAGACCUGGUGUUCCGCUCAUGGCGCUACAUGGAAGACUGCAUCAAAUGAGAAGAAUGAAAAUAUAUGAAGAAUUUACAAGGAAAACUUCAGCUGUUCUUUUUGCAACUGAUAUAGUCGCUAGAGGUCUGGAUUUCCCAGAAGUGCAUUGGGUGGUACAAGUAGAUUGUCCUGAAGAUGCAGAUACUUAUAUACACAGGGUUGGGAGAACAGCAAGGUAUCAUGAAGGGGGCGAGAGCUUGUUACUUUUGAUGCCCUCAGAGUUGAAGAUGCUAGAAGAUCUUGAGAAGAAGAAGAUACCUAUCAAUAAAAUAGAAAUAAAUCGAACUAAAAUCCAUGACCCAUUCAGUAAAAUGGAAGCAUAUAUUGCAAAUGAUACUGAACUACAAAAUACUGCCAAACGAGCUUUUGUUACUUACCUGAAAUCAAUUUUCAAAAUGAAAAAGAAAAAAGAUAUAUUCAAUGUUGAGGCUUUGAAUUAUGACGCCUUUGCACAUUCUUAUGGAUUGGCGACAACUCCACGACUAAGAUUCUUGAAAAAGAAAGAAGAAAAUGAAAAGAACAAAAAGGUUGUCACUAAUCCAAAUAAGAUUGUUUUCAAUGAUGAUGGUAAUCCAGUUGGUAACAACCAACCAAAAGACGAAACCACAAAUCCAAACAAAAUUUACUUCGAUGAUGAUGGUAAUCCAAUCAAAAAUGUGAAGUUUGAAGAAAAUCAAAUAAACCAAAAUAAUAUUGUCUAUGAUGAUGAUGGAAAUCCAAUUAGAGUCAAGAAGGAAAAAGAUGACUCUGAUAUUGAGGAAGAUGAGCUAUAUGAAGAAGUAGAAAUGAAAUUUGACAGUGAUUUGACUUCAAUUUCGGGAGAAAUUCUUCAGGACACAUUCUCAGCACCCCAGAAGAAGCCUAUUACAAAGGCAGCUUUAGCGAAAAAAAUGAUUAAAAACCAUGUUACCAAUAAAAAAAUUAAAUUCAAUGAAGAGGGAGAUGCACUUGGAAAUGGAAACGAUAUUCAUUCAGAUAUUCCAGACUUCUCUCAAAUGCCUGGGAUAGAUAUAGAAUAUUUGAAAAAGAUUUUCCCAAAAAUUGAUGCUGAAGAUAAAAAAAGGGAGAGGGAGAAAAAUAAACAGAAACAUAAGGAACAGAAGAGGAAACUGAAAGAGCAAAACAAGCAAGACCGCGUAGGAGCUGAAAACGUAGAUGACUUUGGAGAGAGUGAAUCAGAGGAUGAUGUAGAUUUAUCUUGGCUUCCUGAUCCUGAUAAAAUUUAUGGUGAUAAUUAGGAAGAUAAAUCAUUGUUGUAAAUAUUUUAUACAUAUUGAGAAUAUAUUGUUAUAAUGAAAA